GACACUUUCACUUGUGGACCAAUGGCGAAGUCUCCCUCUAGUGACGAUACAGAGAAUUUCUAUUUGUACAAUAAAUCAUUUUGUCUUAAGUUGGUCUCUGGAGAGGGACAGUUUUUACUGUACUAGUCUCCUGGAAUUGUAAAGACUGUGAAGACUGGACCGGGACACCUCUUAAAGAACAAUGGCAUGGACAUUAAGGUCACUGACUAUGCUGCUGUUUCUGGCAUAUCUACAGGCAAUAGAGGAGGAGGAUAUCAGAGCUGGCUGCAGCACUGCUGUGAAUGACCUAGUCUACAUCAUAGAUGGCUCGUGGAGCGUGGGCCACAGUGACUUCAAAAAGGCCAAGAGCUGGCUCGUCAACAUCACCAGCGGCUUCGACAUCAGCUCCCACUACUCACAGGUGGCCGUGGUGCAGUACAGCGACACCCCUCGUCUGGAGAUCCCCCUGGGGAAGCACCACGGUGGCCCGGACCUCAUCCAGGCCAUCGAGGGCAUCAGCUAUCUAGGCGGGAACACUCAGACGGGCCGUGCCAUCAAGUUCGCCGUAGAUCACGUGUUCCCGUCCUCGCAACGCACCAGCACCGUCAAGAACCGCAUUGCGGUGGUGGUGACGGACGGAAAGUCCCAGGAUGAUGUGGUGGACGCUAGCGUGGAGGCGCGGGCGCAAGGCGUCAUUGUGUUCGCCGUGGGAGUGGGCACCGAGAUCACCACCUCAGAGCUGAUGUCCAUCGCCAACAAGCCGGGGGGGACCUACGUGUUGUAUGCCGAGGACUACGCCAACAUAGACCGAAUCCGAGACUCCAUGGAGCAGAGACUGUGUGAGGAGUCUGUGUGUCCUACGCGUAUCCCAGUGGCCUCCAGGGAUGAGAAGGGCUUUGAGUUGAUGCUGGGCAUGAAUAUCCACCAGAAGACCAAGAAGAUCCAAGGCUCUCUGGUGUCUGAGACAGCCUUCUCCUUGACCACCUCAACAGACAUCACAGAGAACACAAGGGAGAUCUUCCCCGAGGGUCUGCCUCCAUCCUAUGUGUUUGUGGCCACGGUCCGCCUCAAGGGUUCAGCCAAACAGGACAAGUUUGACCUGUUGAGGAUCCUUUCUAAAGAUGGCGUCACCCAGGCAGCAGUGACACUGAACGGAGCGGACAAGUCUGUCACUUUCACGACCACCAGCACCACCAAUGAGGAGCAGCUGGUCACCUUUAUUGUGCAGGGCAUUGGGAGUUUCUUUGAUGAAGACUGGCACCAGCUGAAGCUGCUCGUGAGGCCCCGGCAAGUAACCGGUUUCCUGGACGAUGAGGAGAUCCAGGAAGUGGCGCUACUGGAGCCGGUGGAGCCAAUCUACAUCAACGGCAAGACGCAGGUCGCCAAGAAGUUUGGGGCGGAGACCACAGUCCCUGUGGAGAUACAGAAACUGCGCCUUUAUUGUGACCCUCAUCAAAGCGAGAGAGAGACAGCCUGUGAAAUCUACUCUGUGGAUGAUGAGAGGUGUCCCCUGGAUCGUGAGCCCACAGUGGAGGAAGUGGAGUGUGACUGUGCUAAUGGCAGCCCAGGACCACCUGGCCCUCCUGGACCUAUGGGUCUCCGAGGCGAGAUAGGAAGAGCAGGACCACCAGGCCCUGACGGUAAGCCUGGAACCCAGGGUGAGCCUGGUGGGUCUGGAGAACCUGGGUUUCCUGGCGAGACGGGUGAAUUGGGCCAACUAGGACCCAGCGGGGCUCCAGGUCUGACAGGUGGCAAAGGCGAGAGAGGGGAUCCAGGACUGCCGGGGAAACCGGGCCCGCCAGGACCAAAGGGUCCUGCCACCUCACAAUUAAACCUGGGCUCUGUUGGAAUUCCAGGGAAAAAGGGACUUCCGGGUGAGAGGGGACAAACCGGACCUCCGGGUGAGAUUGGACCAAUGGGGGGACCAGGAGUGCAGGGCAAAGAUGGAAGGAUUGGGCCGGUGGGACCAAAGGGAGACAAAGGAGAUAUUGGAAUGUCUGGUGCUGAUGGACAACAGGGGGUACCGGGGAUCCGGGGGCUUCCUGGAGGGGCGGGGCCAACAGGACCUCAGGGAGAGAGGGGAGCACUUGGGCAGAAGGGAUCAACAGGUCCAAAAGGUCCACAGGGAAUUCAAGGCCCCCAGGGAGACCCUGGAGCCAGUGGACGCGAUGGCCCAAAGGGAAGCGAGGGGGAGCGAGGUUCCGAUGGCUCUCCAGGAAUGCCAGGCCAAAAGGGCACACCAGGAGAGGCAGGCUUCCUUGGGUCCCCGGGCACUAAUGGCCUACCUGGGUUCAAAGGUCCUAAGGGAGAAACUGGAGAGGCGGGUCCCAGAGGAAGUCAGGGCGAACGAGGCACCGAUGGGGCCCUUGGGAACCCCGGCUUACCAGGUGAAGCUGGACCCAGGGGAGGCAAAGGACAGAAAGGCAUCACGGGGGAUAUCGGUGUCAGAGGCACCGAUGGGAAGAAAGGGGGCAUGGGACACGUGGGGGCCGCUGGCCCACGGGGAUCUCCCGGCGAGGACGGGUUGCCGGGGCAACCGGGAACGCCGGGCUACCCUGGGAAGCCUGGGAAGCCUCCCUCUGACGACCACAUGAUGAAGCUCUGCGGCGAUGUGUUGCGGAAUCAGCUCCCCCAGCUGCUGCAGACACUAUCCCCUCUCAGCAGAUGUGAGCCGUGUGAGACGGUGAAGGGACCCCCGGGACAGCCUGGAGCACCAGGACUCAAAGGUUCCUCAGGAACCCCGGGCUAUCCCGGUAGAAUCGGCUCACCAGGAUAUCCAGGAACCCCCGGCAUGCAGGGGCCCCAGGGAGUCAAAGGUGACACUGGACCAAGAGGACUCAAAGGCACCAAAGGAGAGGGCCGUCCAGGGUCACCAGGCUCUACUGGACAGUCAGGAGUUCAGGGGCCUCGCGGAUCGGAUGGCAUCGGACGCCCGGGCACUCAAGGGAUGCCUGGGAAGUCAGGAAGUCCCGGAAUGCCAGGGAAACAAGGGUCAUCAGGACUACCAGGAGUGUGUGACAUGUCUUCUUGCUACCAGGCCUACAACCUCAGGAAUGACCCCUACAGCAAAGGGCCCAACUUCUGAGAGGACUUGGUGAUAAUUGACUAAUUGAAUCAGGUGUGCCACUUUAGGGAUACAACAAAUAUGUAAAAAGACCUCUGGUCCCUGAGGAGAGGGUUGGGAAACCCUGUUUUAAGGCUUAUGGGUGUCCACUUUGCUGUUCAGUAGAAAUAUUUGUCCCGAUUAACUGAAACUAGGUCUACGUAUAUUGAGACAUAUUCUUGAUUUCAUAUACUGUAUGUUUGUAGGUUUCAGGAUAAAGGAUAUAAAACCUAUGUUUUGGACCUUUAAUGGUGAUUGUCCAAAGAGAGUCAUCAUCGUCCUUGGUACUGUAACACUACCUCCUUGCUGGACACAAGGCAUUACAUAUAAGUACACCAGUGAAAAAUGUUUUGUAAAACCAGGGUAUGAAACAUAUUUUAAAAAUGUUAUACCUUAAGAUGUUGUUGUCAAGCCCUCCAUAUGUAAAUAUUUUACAGCAUGUCAAAAUGUAAAUAUGUUGUGGGCUGAGGUAAACACACAGUAACUGCUAAUUAGUACAAUAACAGGCUACCUGGAUUCAACCACAGAAUGUGCUAAUAUAGUAAGUGCCUGGUGCAUUUUUACAAGACAACAUUGUGAGAAUUUUGGCUUAAAAUGUAUCCCAACUACAAAAACUGUACUGUAGAUAAUAUAUUAAUUCACCUUGUGCCUUUAUAAACCCAUACCAUAAAUGAAAUUAAACCUCAGGAACUGCUUCAAAUGUGUUUUGCAUAUCUUUGUUAAAACAUGUUCUUUGUUUGAUAUAGCCAAAUUAUUCAUACUGCAUUGUCCACACUUCAUGUACAUUUUUUACAUUUUACUUUAAAUAUCAUACUAUACUUUAUUAAAAUACUACCUACAGUAUACCUCCUGAUGUAACUACAGGGGCUACAUGAUGUGUUAUACCUCCUGAUGUAACUACAGGAGCUACAAUAUGUGCUAUGCCUCCUUAUUUAACUACAGGAGCUACAUGAUGUGCUAUACCUCCUUAUUUAACUACAGGGGCUACAUGAUGUGCCAUGGGAGAUGACAGAUGCUGACAUGUGUAUGAAUGGUUUUGGUGUUGUUUUUUCACAUUUAAAAUAUUGUAAUAUAUUUUCAGAGGCUUUUAUGUAUUUUAUGAUAUCCAAGUUUCCAUCUUUUACAUCAACUGUUAUGUGGUUAUAUGGUUGGACUGUACUGUAUAUGGGUGAUUCUGCAUGAUUGGUGCAAAAAAACAUCUAAGUAUUCAAACUUAGGACAUGUAUUUACUUCAUGAUAUGUUCUCAUACAAUCCAAGGCAAUAACAAACAUACAGUUACAUUUAAUAUAGUACAACGUCAUUGUUUAUACAGCUAAUCAUAUUCAGAGGUGGCUGGCUCAAAUCUUGACUCCUAAACUUCAUGUUUGAAAAUAAAGCAAAUCAUGAUUUUUGUAAUUUUUUAAACACUUAUUUCAAUAGAAAAUCUUGAGUUGUUCUAUUACUACAUUCAAAGAUACUGAUUUAAUUAGUAGUUUUGUUUAUUUUUAAACGUCUUUAAAAAAAUAAAUGCUUUUGAUAUCACUACUGAAACACUCACAAUAAAAGACGAGAAUGAAUUUGUCUUAAGCCAGGGUUCCCCAAACUUGGUCCUGGGGCCCCCCCUGGGUGCACUUUUUUUUUUACCCUAGCACUACGCAUCUUAUUCAAAUAAUCAAAGCCUGAUGGUGAGUUGGUUAUUUGAAUCAGCUGUGUAGUGCUAGAGCAAAAAAAAACGAAACCCCAGGAUUGAGUUUGGGAAACACUGCCUUAAGCCACAACCCUACAAAUAUAACCAAUGUUGUCUGCAAACAUUUUGAAGAAAAUGAGUUAGCAAGUUGGUAAAUCUUCAUGUAUUUUUUACAAGGUGUCACGACCGAUAUAUCAAUAAAUAUGUGAAGUAAGGUUUUUUUUUUUUUUUUUACUAUUUCCUACAUGGUAGAAUAAUAUGGAACACAUAAGGAAUCAUGUAGUAACCAAAAAAAAGUGUCAAACAAAUCAAAUUAUAUUUUAGAUUAUUCAAAGUAGCAACCCUUUGCCUUGGUAUGCAAUCUGGUUUCUGCUCAGGUUAUGGAUGUGUCACUUCAACCUAAAAGAUCCUCAAUGAUUUCACCAUUGCCCUUGGAUUCUAAGCAAUGUUGUGCUGCUAUUUUUAUUGACUUGGCCAAAGCUUUUGAUACGGUAGACCAUUCCAUUCUUGUGGGCUAAGGAGUGUUGGUGUCUCUGAGGUGUAUAAAGUCAGUGUAUAAAGUCAGAAUAUUUGCUGUCUCAGCCACUGCCUGUCACCAAGGGUGUACCCCAAGGCUCGAUCCUAGGCUCCACACUCUUCUCAAUUGACAUCAACAACAUAGCUCAGGCAGUAGGAAGCUCUCAUCAAUUUAUAUGCAGAUAAUACAGUCUUAUACUUAAUUGGCUCCUCCCCAGAUUUUGUUUCUUAGUGUCCAACAAGCUUUCUCUGCCCUUAACCUUGUUUUGAAAACCUCCAAAAUAGAUGGAAUAUGAAAAUGUAUGUCAUUUUUGUUUUGUUAUUAAAGGUUAAUAGAUGACGUUAUUACGAAAACAUUGUAACGUGAAGAGUUUUCCUCGAAGAUGUUUGAUGUUUAUAUAUCGUACGUUGUAUGAAAAUAUCCAAAUCAAAGAGAAUGUUUUGGGGAAGAUGAAAUGUUAAGUUAGUUGUCUAAAAUUGGAUUUGAAUCUAGAAUUAUCUAGACCUUGCCUCAUUAACUUGGUACGUCCAGAGAAUUGCCCUAAAGGCGGUUAAGCCCACUUCUGACCCAAGGGUAUAAAACCUGUGAGUAUAGAAUUUACAGGAGGACUACGUGACCCCAGCUGCAGCAAGGUCUAAAAAGUAAACGAACCCAGAACGCAACGCAAGUUUUAGGACAAAGAAAUCCUUUUCUACCCAAGCUACGGAUGAGUAGCUGUGUCUAAGCGAGUGAAUUCAAGUCGAACCACCUAGCCUCCAUCUCCCAUCGAAUCGUGGUAUCUAAAGGGUUUCAUUUCUAUGCUGUGAGCUCUGAGCUGUCUGUCCUCAGAAGACGCCUUCCAGAGCAAACGGUGAGGGAACAGACUCCUCAGCCAAAAGGACACUGACAUGGGGAGGACGAGCAGGGACACAUAAGAGCGGCAGUUUGGGGCAAGGUUAGGGUUAGAAUAGCAUAGCUGACAAAUUCACCCAAAUGUAUAUUUCUCUUGUGUAAUUUCUUUUUUUCUCUCUCUUUUGAAAUCCCCAUUGCGGGUAACACAAUGUGUUGGCCCAUUAUACUAAGUUCUAAUCAAUAGCCUAUAAUGUGUUUUGUCUAUGUGUAUCUUUUAUCAUCAUUUUAGGUUUUUAGUAAAUAAAUAUUCAACUAAGA